GUCACGGUCAUAAUAUUAGCGUAUAUUUAAUUCAGCCCAGAUUCGGACAACUUUUCCUGCCUUUAACUGUACUUACGAAUUUAUCGUGUUUGAUUGCAUUGCAGUAUUUACAUUUUAGUGUGAUAAUAAACCGAAAGAUAAUAACCGUGACCAACUCACUGACAGAACUACAGUGUGUGAACAGAACUCUCCGUGGUGCCUCUCAAACAGUUUGCAUUAUCUGUUGAUAGGCUGGAUGUUGAUGCUUCUACUGUAGAAUUUAGAGUUUCAGAUGUGUUGUGUGAUGUGUUUGUGCCUUCUAAUUUUUGUUCAUAGUAUAGAGUUUUGAUGUAAUUUCAGUUUCCCACAGCUAGGUAGUACAAUCUGAAAUUUGCCUGCAAUGGACGGAGUGGCCAAAAAUAAGACUUUUCAUCAGUGAUACUACUUUCUCAGGCAGAAGGGUCCCCUUAAAGCUUUCAAAGAAAUAGGGAGAGAAACUAAGAUGAAGGAUUUGUCAUCAAAAAACCCCAAGGUUUCUGGGGAAACCAAAGGCCAGAAUCCUCACAAGAUGAAAAAAGACAAAGAGAUCUUAAAACCUUACAAAUUGUCUCAUCAGAUUCUGAGUUUGACAGGGAUAAAUUUCACUAGGCAGACAGUCAUUGGAUUUACUGAACUAACAUUAAUCCCAUCUAAGGACAGCAUCCGAUACAUCUGGUUGAACUGUAAACAAUGUUGUGUGUAUCGUGUGACUCUGAAUGACACUCUUGAAGUACAGUUCCAGUACUCUGAUCCACUUCUUGAAGUAUGCCAGCAAGAUUCCAAACAGAGGAAUCUUGAGUACCUCAACAAAUCCCAGCUAACAGGGGUUACUGCAGUAGACCCAGAGAUAGGUCGAGGAGAACUUGUUAUAACAGUUCCCUUAGAAGCUCAGCAUAUGAUCCAGGAAGGGAAACCUUUACGUGUUGGAGUUGAAUUUUCCCUGGAAAAACCUCAGUCAGGUUUGCAUUUUGUGGUGCCUAACACAGAAGGAACAUUAGUUGAGAAAGGGGCACAUAUGUUCACAUAUGGCAAUGAAAAUAGUGCUCGAUUAUGGUUUCCCUGUAUUGAUACUUGGAGUGAAGUAUGCACUUGGAGACUGGAGUUCACAGUUGAUGAGUUUAUGACAGCUGUAAGCUGUGGUGACCUCUUAGAGGUUGUCUACACACAGGAUAUGAGACGGAAAACUUUUCACUACUAUCUUUCAACCCCAACAUGUGCCCCAAAUAUUGCUCUUGUUGUUGGACCGUUUGAGAUAUAUGUAGAUCCCUUCAUGAAUGAGAUCACCCAUUUUUGUCUCCCUAAUUUGCUGCCUCUCAUGAAGGCAACAAGCAAGUACCUUCAUGAAGCUUUUGAAUUCUAUGAGGAGCUUCUUUCAACGAGAUAUCCUUACUCAUGUUACAAACAAGUUUAUGUUGAUGAAGCAUAUAAUAGUCUUCACUCUUAUGCAACCAUGAGCAUUCUUGAUGUGAAUUUGCUGUGUAGUAACAGAAUUAUUGACCAAGUUUAUGAAACCAGAAAAACAAUGGCUCUUUGUGUGGCACAGCAGUUCUUUGGAUGCUUUCUCUCCCGCUACUCCUGGGCUGAUGCCUGGCUAACAACAGGCAUUGCUAACUACCUGAUGAGUCUCUAUGUCAAGAAGCAUUUUGGCUUCAAUGAAUACAAAGAUUGGAUACACAGUGAAUUGAGAGAUAUUAUUGACUAUGAAGAAAGGUUUGGAGGAAUAGUGUUAGACCCAAGUUCCUCUCCCAAUGAGCCGCAGAAUGGUCCAAACGUUCCUCUUUCCCAAAGCAGCAGUGCCAACAAGGACACCUUUUACUUCUCAGUCAAAAAUCCUCAUGCCUCUUCCCCUCAUUACAUUGAUGUAUAUUACAAGAAAGCGCAUUUGAUUAUCCGGAUGCUGGAGUUCCGCAUUGGUCAGGAAUUAAUGAUGCAGGUAUUCAACAAACAUCUGUCCCUUGCACUGAUUGCUGUUGGCAAUAAAGGACACCCUGCUGGUUGGGCAAACAUGCUCUUGUCAACAGCAACAUUUACAAAGGCCAUCUUCACAGUGACAGGAAAAGACAUUACAGUGUUUUGUGACCAAUGGGUACGACAAGGAGGACAUGCCAAGUUCAAUAUGAAGUUUCUCUUCAACCGGAAAAGAAAUAUUGUUGAAAUGACUAUUGAACAAGGUUAUAUCGGUGAAUUAGGAAUCCGUCGUUAUGUUGGCCCCUUGGUGGUGUGGAUUCAAGAGUUGGAUGGAACAUUUAAGCACACUUUGCAGAUUGAGCACCAGGUAUCAAAGAAAGAAAUUGUCUGCCAUUCCAAGUCCCGAAGAAACAAGAAGAAGAAAAUUCCUUUGUGCACUGGGGAGGAGGUGGACAUGGAUCUGAGCCAUCUGGAUGCUGAUUCCCCUGUCCUCUGGCUUCGCUUGGAUCCAGACAUGACGCUAAUGCGUGCUGUAGAGGUGGAACAACCUGACAAUCAGUGGCAGUACCAGUUGAGACAUGAACGAGAUGUAACAGCUCAGACUGAGGCUAUCAAUGCCCUUCUGCGAUUAGCAAAGCAAGGAGCUGUAACAACUGAAAUGAGGAAUACUCUAAAUGCAGUUUUGGAAAAUGAACAGUGCUUUUACAAGGUCCGUUGUAGAGCAGCACACUGCCUGACCAGAGUAGCCAAUGCCAUGGUAGCAAACUGGAAUGGUCCUCCUGCAAUGAUGCAGAUCUUCCGCAAGAUGUUUGGAUCCUUUUCUUGCCCCAAUAUUAUAAGGCAACAUGACUUUACAAGCUUACAGAACUAUUUCAUUCUCAAGACACUGCCGGUUGCCAUGGCUGGUCUUCGCAACACCCACAAGCAAUGUCCUCCUGAAGUUUUAGGGUUCUUGAUGGACCUCUUCAAGUAUAGUGAUAAUUCCAAGAACCGCUACUCAGACAACUACUACCGCUCUGCACUUGUUGAUGCCUUGGCAGCAGCAGCUUCUCCAGCACUUGUGCAGCAUGACCCAGCAACCAUUACUUCAGACACUCUGACUGAGGAUAUGAAGAGGAUUUUAAGCGAAAUUGUUCGUUACUUGAACUUAGAAAAAAUGCUUCCUUGUUAUAAGUACACUGUGACAGUAUCCUGCCUCCGUGCUCUGCGGGUUCUCCAGAAGAAUGGUCAUUUACCUCCCAAAUCAGAUAUCUUCAAGGCAUAUGCUGCUUAUCCACAAUAUAUAGAUGUGCGCCUUGCAGCAAUUGAGCAGAUAGUAGACUUCUUGAUCCGUGACGGGACACGUGAAGAUAUGGAUUUCUUGCUGACACUGGCUGAGUCAGACCCUGUUCCAAUGAUCCGAUAUCGUACCCUUGUACUGUUAGCUAAAAAUCCUCCAUUCAUCAUGGGUCAGAGUCACAAGUUGGACACCCAGCAGCUGGUGGAUCGCCUCUGGAAUUUCAUGAAUUCUGGACAGCCAUGUGACUCAAGAGUACGUUGUGCAGUGCUGGACCUGUACUAUGCCUUGUAUGGUCGUCGUAGGCCAGCUUGCAUUCCUGCCUCAGAACCUGCACUGGUGCUGAAUCUUCGCAAACCACCAAAUCCACCCAUCAUGAAUCCUGUUAUAGUGAAAGAAGAAGAGGAAGAGAAGGUAUUGCCCUUGAAGCGUGAGGCUCCACCGGAUGACGUCUUCCCGGAGCUCAAGACGGAAAUCAAGACCGAAGUGAAUGAGAUGCCCGUUGAGGUUAUCUUUACAGAAGAUUCUAAAGUUAGAAUAAAGCAAGAUGAUGUGGAAGUGUUUGAUGAAGAAGUUGAUUGCACAGUGACACCCAGUAUGCCAACAAGUAUUGAUGGUGACAUAUCAGAAUCGACAACAUCACUGCCUGGAGAAUGUCAUAAUGUAUCUGGGGCCCCUACAG